CCCCCCCACCCCGGUUUCACCAGCUCUUCUUCCUUCCUCUCGUGACCCCAUGUGGGUGAAGCAAUUUUUAAGUCACUUGAGCAGUGCGGCGCAGAUGUAAUACAUCUUCUUCAGAAACUUCCCCUGCUUUUUUGGCCUCCGCGAUGGAGGUUCCCGCACCCCUUCGGGGUGACAUCACCGCCGACGGGAAAUUCCGCCGGCGAUGCUCCCCCCCGCCCUGCCCCCUGAUCCAUAAAAGGAGGCAGGCUUCAUGGAGGGAGCACCAGAGACGGCAAGACCUUCCAGGAGAACCUCAACCAAGAUCAGCCACUCCAGCCUCUCAGCAAAAUGAAUGCUUCUCAAUCUCCACGUGCCUGGGCUGUGGCCGCCCUCCUGGUACUGGCCCUCUGCCUCUCGGCCAGCGCUGCUCCAGUGGGGUCCGACCCUCCAACUUCCUGCUGCUUCACCUACACGGCAAAGAAGAUCCCCCGGAACUACAUUGCUGACUUUUACGAAACAAACAGCAGGUGCUCUCAGCCAGGUGUUGUGUUCACCACAAAGAAGGGCCGGGAGAUCUGUGCCAACCCCGCAGAGAAAUGGGUCCAAGAAUACAUGGACCACUUCGAGCUGAACUGAGCAUCAGUGCUGCAGCAACAGAAGACAUCAUCCUUGGCUGGGUCGAUGGGCAUCCCAGGCCUGGCACCAUUUCCUGCCAAGGGCAUCUCAAGAACACCACUCAGCUAGUGGCUUUUGUUUUGACCUUGAAGUCAAAACCUCAGGGACUUUCUAUGAUAAUUUAAAUUUAUUUAAGGUAUUUUAUUUUCCUCAAACCCUAAGGGUCCACCCCUGCUAAUUAUUUUAUUUAUGUAACUUUGGAGGGAACACAAAGCAAUCAACCUCUUUGCUAUUUUUAUACAUAUGACUGUUUUAAUAUUGCCACAGAAUAAGAAUUUCCCCAAUAAAUGUUGUUUUUCUACAA